CGAAAUUAUAUAUUCGCGAUCAGUAAACUCAUCAUAAGUACCUAACACCGUCUGUCUCAGUCGACCUCCUCUCCAAAAACCAUUGUCUGCUCUUGCACCGUGACAAUGUAUCCAAUCCCCACACACACCGUCAACCUCAUCCUGCAGUACAUCUGUCCUCCAUCCCAGCUCGACCAGCCCCUCCCCCCACACCUCAUCUCAAAAUCACUUCUCCAGAGACAUCACUUCCUCUCCAUUUUCCCCAAUGAUUCUCUCGAAUACCUCUGCUGGCCGUCUUCUCAGAGCUCCAAGGCGGUGGAGCUGUUAGAGUCGUUCGUGGCAGUCAAGCGGGACUGGGAUGUAGAGGGGGACGAGUUCGCUGUGCGGUACACUUCAGACCGAGAACACACGUGCGCCCAUGUGCGUGUCACGACGGGAGAAGGACUCGACGAUGAUGAUACCGGCGCGAGGCUAGUUUUCCAGUGGGACGACGUGGACGGGUGGAAAUACCACGAUCUCCAGCUCAUGCCUUUCCCACCCGCCUCCCAUGCGACCUUGGGAGAAGCUUCGUCGACGGCUUCAUCCAUUCAAGUUCCAUACGAUUCGAAACUAAACGGCACAGAACGUUCCCGCGAAUUCGACGUCGCGAAAGAUGCUGAUGGGACUGAAGACGACGACGACGACGACGACGAUUCGUAUUGGAACGCGUAUGGUGCGCACGAGGAUAGCAGCCCGAGUGCCCUCCUAGGCUCUGCUGUCAACUCCAAGACGAGCGGUAGCGGAGAAGGAGCAGAGGACGCAUAUUGGGCGCAGUACGCUUCAGUUCAAGGAACUGGCGAUUCGACGCUUCCGUCCCCUCUGCCUGUUAAAAACCGCGCACUCCAUCCGGCCAGCGACCCACAUCGUUUCGCCGCAAGCCAAGAAGAACCCAUCGCGAUCCCUCUUUCUGCCAUCCACUCGCGUUCGCGGUUCACCCAUCUAGGCCCACCUUCGCCAAAUACGCUCACCGACCUACUCAACGUCAUCUCUCCUCGCCGCGACGAGUUCCCAUCGCCGUUGUCCGAUCCAGAAGAGUCAGAGACGGCGUCGGAUACGCCGUCGCCGUUCUCUGCGCUAGAUCAGCCUGAAACGAUUACACCGCUGUCGGCGGCGGAUAGCGAUCAAUAUGCAGACGUAUCGAUGGUGUCUCGGCGAGGUGCUAGUGUGAACGGAACAGCUCAUUCGACUGUGGGUCUUGGUGAGGGUCUUCGAAUAAUAACAGGGGAUAACGAAGAGGACGAUGGGAUACUCAGGGACGCAGUCAAAGGGAUUCACUCUCUAUGGAAGGCUGGGAGGAGGAAGCAAAGCGCUGUUCGGUCACAAAGCGACGAAGACGCUCAUUUCUUGCGUGUAGUUCGUGAGGCUAUCGGUCAGUCAUAGCGAGUAUCUUAUUGUAGUUCGCAUCCAUACGGGCAUAAUGAAUCACGCAUAUAUAUAAUAUAUAAUAUAUAUCCCAAGAAAAGAUUCUGUACCUGGUGUCUAUGAAGUAGUAGCUACAGAGGAAAAAGCAGAUGUAUUUGACUGAAUGAACACUAUUGGGUAGUAGGUGCAUGCAUGCUCAAUAUGAUGAUGACGAUAAUGAUAGCAAUCCGUUCCCUUCGACGAAAAAACCGAUCUUGAUGAGGGCGAAGUUGAGCUGGAGGAGCAUGUCGGGGUUUUGGGGCGUGAAUGUCGGCACCGCGGUUGGCACUGCAGCACUUGACGAUGUAGAGGAUGAAGAGAUGGUGGAUGACGUUGUGCUCGUGGUGGAGGUGGUGCUAACCCAGGUGGAAGUCGAAGUGGAGGUGGGCGUGUACACGUAGGUACUGGUAGGGGGCGGGGGCGGGGGCGACCAAGUUGUUUGAGGUGCCCAUGACGUCGUAGGCGUUGCACUCGUCGUCGGUGCACCGUCACCGUAGGUCCAGUCUCCAUAGAGCUCUCCCACGCUUGUGUCAGCGAAGUACUGGAAAAGCCCCUGGCUGAAGUCUAGACCGAGGUACGGACAACCAG